CACGGAACUGUAAGAAUGAAGAUCGUCUGGUGCCUACUCGCUAUUUUUGGAUUUACACAUUGUGUUCCAAUAGAGCAAAAUCCCACUGACUACUAUGGCCCAGAUGAAUUUGAUGAGAACUUUCCAGAAGAAAAUCCUGGUUUAUAUGAAGGGGAUAUUGAGUUAAGAGAAGGCGAAGAUCCUCGAAAUAGAAAUGCUAUCACUGAUAAAAACAAGCUGUGGCACGGUGGUGUUCUUCCCUACUCUAUCUCUUCUGGAUAUUCUUCAAGUGAUCAAGCUUCCAUCCGAUCUGCCAUGCAUACCAUUGAGGAGAAAACUAAAGUAAAUGGUAAAACAUGUAUCCAUUUUACACCUCAUACCAACCAACGACAAUAUAUUAGAUUUGCCUCGGGAUCAGGAUGUCAUACCCCCGUUGGUAUGGGAUAUGGUGCAUCAACCGUAACAUUGGGAAGAGGUUGUCUUAGAAUUGGUACCAUCAUGCACGAGAUUAACCACGCCCUUGGAAGCUGGCAUGAACAGAGUCGACACGACCGUGAUAGUUAUAUUACUAUUGAUUUUAGUAAUAUUCAAAAGGGACGUGAACAUAAUUUCGUUAAGUAUACCAAUAUCGACGAAGAAGGCCAGCACUACGACUAUGAGUCUGUGAUGCACUACAAUGCCUAUGCUUUUGCCAACGAUCGACGAAAGCCUACCAUCGUACCCAAACAGAGAGGUGCUGUCAUUGGUCAACGUACACAUCUUAGUCCCAUUGAUAUCAAAGAAAUGCAGAUUUUAUAUGGAUGUAUACCAAGACCAUAAAACAUUUAUCUGUUUGAAGUACAAUAAAAUAUAACAUUUUG